AUGUAUCACAAGACAGCGAAAAGUGUGGCAAAAAAGCCAAGUUCAAGGGAAAAUUUGAAAGUCACCGCAUCAAACAAUUGCCAGGAAAAGGCGAAAGGAUCGUUGGAGAAGGAGAAGCUGAAGCUGGGAGAGAAAUUGCCAAGAAGUGGUGAGAAGGUGAACAUGAAGAUUGGUCCUGCAAAUACGCCACGUGGAAAGUCAAAGCCCACAGGAAAGAAGAGGGAUGAGAAGCGGAAGAGUGUUAGCAAAGAGGAAGACGAUGAGAAGCCGGCUCCAUUGGAGCGCCAGCGGUCUGUGGAGCAAAUUGCGAAUAUGGAGAACACUCCGGAAAGCGUCCUGAAGCCUCCUGACAACAACGGAAAGCCAAAACCGUCGCAUGAGAAGGAUGCCAAGGUGAAGAAGAACGACGAUGAUGAUGAUUUGGGCAGUGAGAAGAAGGAUUUGGAGCCGAAAGAGAAAGAGCAACGUGCGGAAAUGAUCAAAAAGUGGGCUUCUGCGGUGAUGAUGAGCACUCCACAGCAACUGACGAAAGAGUACAAAGCCGUCGGAAAUAUUGUCUCCGACUCGGAAUGUACGGCGUUUCUAAAGUUCAAGGAUCUCAACCGCUAUCCGAACAUUCAAUGUUGGGAUCGCGGCCGCUUCACACUUGCCGGCGAUGAAAACUUCUACAUUCAUGCGAAUUUUGUCAAAAUUUGCACGAAACCGGAACGAUUCGUGUGUACGCAGGGGCCAAUGGAGAACACUUGCACACAUUUUUGGCAAAUGGCAUUGUCUCUGGGAUCCACUUCGAUUAUUAUGCUGUGCGGAUUUGUGGAGGACGGGUCAGAAAAGUGCGCCAAGUACAUUUCAGACAUCGUCGGAUUUGUCAACUUGGAAGACCACCGCGUUUACACCGAAUAUUGCACUGAGAUUGAAAUCGGCGGAAAAUCAAAGGACAAAAUCACCCAUCGAGUGUUGAAAGUUGUGGUGAAGGCGACCGGCCAGGAAUCCAAACUAAACCACUAUCAAUGGGCUUCUUGGCCGGACCAUGGGAUGCCCGAUUCGUGUGACACGGCGCUUCGUCUCUUGUCGGCUGUCAAGAAGGAUAAGAAGCCCGUAAUUGCUCACUGCUCGGCUGGCGUUGGACGCACCGGGACUUUGGCGUUGAUCGAGUCGAUGAUUGCCGCACUCCGGCAUCCGAGAAAGCAGAAUGUGAAGGAUUCAUUCGUCUUGUUGAGAAAAGACCGCGCAAGAAGUGUUCAGACUUUCCCGCAAUACGUGUAUGCUCUCCGCUGCGUUCUGGAGUUUCUCUACUCAAAAGGACUUUAUAAAAGAAACGAGCAAGAGUGGACGAAAUUCAAGGAAACGUACGCGAAAAUCAAGGCGAAGAAGCUCAAGAUCAAGGAUAAAUCGAGAGGAAAGAAGACACUGUCUCAGGAGAUUUCAGACACCAAUUUGGUAAUUGAUCCAGCUGGCAAGAAGAGUGGAUCCAAUCAGCUGUCACCUGGAAUCCUGGAAGUUCAACCAUCAUUAUCUCGUAAUCCAUCGCCUGAUCCAGUUCCAUCUCCGUUGACACCUCCCGUGCCACCUUCUCCAAUGACUCCACCAGAUGCAUCGACGAAGCCAACUGACGCGAGUUCCAGCUCUGCCCUGAAAUCUGCAAUUGCUAUUGAGAACAUUGAGAAGCGUGAAUAGAACCGAUUACUUGACUUGAACAAAAAUAAAAUUUCAUAUGGCACUCGA